AUGCCAGCAUGGACUGUUCGAUUAGAAGGUGGACCAAAGCGUGUGAAUCAUGCAGCUGUGGCCAUCUAUAAUAGAAUAUUCUCUUUUGGUGGCUACUGUACUGGUGAGGAUUAUGAGAUGACUAGACCUAUGGAUGUUCACGUGUUGAAUACAGUGACCCUUCGUUGGACACUUUUACCACUUCCUAGCACAGCGAAAGACAUCAGCAACACCCCAUUUCAGCGUUAUGGGCAUACAGCUGUGGAGUACGAAAAUAAUGCAUAUAUUUGGGGAGGACGAAAUGAUAGUGUUGGAGCCUGCAAUACUCUUUUCCGAUUUAAUGGUGCGGACUUCAAGUGGGACAGGCCGGCAGUCAGUGGCUUAGUUCCAGAGGCUAGGGAUGGCCAUUCUGCCUGUGUUGUCAAUCAUAACAUGUACAUUUAUGCAGGUUAUGAGGAGUUUACUGACCGUUUCUCAAAUGAUGUGCACUGUCUGAAUUUACAAACAUUUGCAUGGACAGAAAUAAUUGUUAGAGGCAAACCAGCCAGGUGGAGGGACUUUCAUACUGCGACAGCUAUAGGAAACAUCAUGUAUGUAUUUGGUGGUCGUGGAGAUGUAUGCGGAGACCGGUUCACAAACAACGAAUUCUACUGCAGUAAAGUACGAGCAUUUGAUACCAGCUGUAACACCUGGUUGCCACCUUCACUGUUUCCACAGGCUGCACCCGAGGGAAGGCGGAGUCAUUCAGCUUUUGAAUACAGAGGAUUAAUCUAUGUGUUUGGUGGCUACAAUGGGAGGCUAGAGUGCCAUUAUAAUGAUCUUCACCAGCUUGACCCGACUACGAUGAUGUGGUGUAAGCUAAGUGUACCAGGCAUCUGCCCAACCCCUCGAAGACGCCAGUGCGCAUGUGUGGUGGGAAGUAAGGUUUAUUUUUUUGGUGGGACGAGUCCAAGAGAUGUGUCUGAAAGAUUAAAUUCACCUCAGCAGUCGGAAUCCAACCUCAUUGACAGAUCAGAUUUGUAUAUUCUGGAUUUGGAACCAACACUGAAGACGCUUACAUUAAUGGUCAUAAUUGAACACAAACUAGACCGCAGUUGCCUGCCUCAUGAUCUCAG